AUGGUGGCCACCAUUGGCAUCAUUAACCCGACUAAUGUGGAGGCGAGCGCUUAUAUCAGCGCAGUAGCUGCCUUCGCCGGUGUGGUGCUCGUGGUGCUCUUGUUCCUGGGACGACGCUGGUGCUACUCAGCUGUGUUUGGCCGCAAAUGCUGUGAUGACAUCCUCGCAGUGAACGCUCGCGUGCAAGUCCCCUGCCUCACGCUCGACAAUGCUCAGUUUGAUGCUUUGUCGAAACCGAACCAUUACCCCGAACGAAUAUUCACGUUCGAGGCUUCCGACUCGGAUGAAGAGCUGCGUAUGCGCAUCCAACAGGAUAAGGAAGAAGUGGAAUGCCACUAUGAAGAGAAGAAUGAGAAUGCGAGCUCAUCGAAACUGGAAGUGGAACUUGUAGAGACAGCGUUAAGGGAGACCACGCUCCGGGAAACGAAGAUCGACGAGGUGCUGCCAAAAAGAGUCGAAUAUAUACACACCCUUGAAGCACAGAGCAGCGUCGAUAGUGAUGUUAUUGCCCAUAAUGACACAUCCCUGCUCUGCGGUGAAAGUAGCAGCAGUCAAGAGCGUGGUACAAUAGAAUUGACCAUAUUGUAUGACGCACCUGUGAGAAGUAUGACGGUACAUAUACUACAAGCCCGAACCUUACCACAAAAGACUGAGGGACAAAUACUCCAAAGCCAGGUUCGAGUUGUUUUACUGCCGCUGAAGAAACAAAAAUACAAGUCGAAAAUAAGAAACGGUGAAAAUCCACAGUACAUGGAAAGUUUUGUUUUCCACAAGAUUAAUCCAGAGGAUGUACACGGUCUGGGUCUACGUGUCCGCAUCUAUGGCUGCGAGCGCAUGCGCCGUCAGCGUCUGCUGGGAGAAGCGGGUGUCUAUUUCGCUACGUUGAAUCUGGAGUUAGAGAACCACUUGUGGUUACAACUCACGCCCAGGCAACAUGUGCAACCAAACCUUCAGCUUCCAAAAUUAGAAUUGAACCACUCGCACUCUAUACCUGGAGUACUCGCAAGCCCAUCAUCCAUCACCACUGUCACAACUCCUGGCGCCACUGCCGCGGGAGGCGAGGCCAACAGCCUGCCGAGGUCCGACUCCGCAUCGUCUUGCUGCAGCGCAAGAUCAGCUCCCGAGCUGCUGCUGGGUCUGCAAUAUAACUCUAGCACUGGACAUCUGUCGGUAGAAGUGAUUAAAGGAACACACUUCCGCAAGCUGUCGCCGAACAAGGCACCUGACACGUACGUGAAAUUGACCCUCAUUAGCUCGUUGGGGAUGGAGAUGGGGCGCUGCAAGUCUACCACACGCCGUGCACAAUCCAACCCUCUCUAUAAAGAGCUAUUUAUAUUUCAGGUGGCUUUAUUCCAGCUAAGCGAAGUGACCCUCAUGGUAUCGGUGUGGUGGCGAAGGAGCGUUAAGCGCAAUGAGAUGGUCGGUUGGUUCUCUCUUGGGCACUCACCAUCUGGAAUGGAGGAGGAGAGACACUGGCAGGAACUUUGUGAGCGGCAGGGAGCUGAACAGGUCCAGCGCUGGCACGUCUUGCUGGAUUCCUGA